CAGUGUGACACCCAGCGGAAGUAAAAACACAAGUCCCCGAAGCGUUAGCUGCAUGCUAGUGUUGAGUUAGCUUGAAGAAACUGUAGUGUAGUCAUAGUUCAGGUAAAUCUUACAGCUGUAAUUAAGCAACAAUGUCUUCAGUUGGGUAUUUGAGAGAGUUUAUCAACGAGCGACUAACCGUUGCUGCUGAAGAAAUAUUCGGAGUUUUUGAAAAAACCAUCGUCGAGUACGAGGAAGAGAUCCAACGUCAGCGCAGACUGUUGGAUGUCGUUUGGAAACCCGAAAAAAACUUACAAAGGAUAGAUGUGCAGCAGAAGUUGGUUGUAAAAGAAGUUACUACUAAGCAGCAGGAGUGGAGCUCCAGUCUGGACCAGGAGGACCAAGAGCCCCCACACAUUAAAGAGGAGCAGGAGGAACUGUGGAUCAGUCAGGAGGCAGAGCAAUGUCAAGGGCUGGAGGAGGCUGAUAUCGCCAUGUUCCCGUUCACUACUGUCCCUUUGAAGAGUGUAGAUGAGGACGAGAUACAUCAGUUCUCACAGCGUGGGGCUGGAGCAGAACCAGCCAUGAACUCAGUUCUAGAUACACAUUUCCAAUCACAUAAUGAUGACAAGACAGGAGAACCAUCUGAACCCAAGACUGAUGACAGUGCUCAUUGGAAAGAGACCAGAGAACCCCAGUCAGGUUUAAACUCUCUGACAAAUGACAAAGUCCCAGUCAGCGAUUUGAGAUGUAGUGAUGAAGCAAAAAAGAGUGGGAAAAGAUUUGGCACCAGUGGACGCCUGAAGAAACACACGAGAUCUCCGACAGUAGAGAAACCAUUUAUCUGCUCGGUCUGUAAGAAAGCUUUUAAACAGAAGGGACAUUUUCAGGAACAUGUGAAAACCCACACAGGAGAAAAACCAUUUAGUUGCCCAUUCUGUAAGAAAGCUUUUACACAGAGUGGAAGUUUAAAGAAACAUAUAAGAAUCCACACAGGAGAGAAACCAUUUAGCUGCUCAGUCUGUAAGAAAGCUUUUGCAGUGAGUGGAAAUUUAAAGAAACACAUGAGAAUCCACACAGGAGAGAAACCCUUCAGCUGCUCAAUCUGUAAGAAAGCUUUUACAGAGAGUGGGACGUUACAUAAACACAUGAGAAUCCACACAGGAGAGAAACCAUUUAGCUGCUCAGUCUGUAAGAAAGCGUUUACAGGGAGGGGAAAUUUACAGAGCCACAUGAGAAUCCACACUGGAGAAAAACUUUGGCAUGGGAAGUGGAGCUCCAGUCCGUAGAGAACCUCAGUCAGGGUUAAACAGUUGGACAGCUCCAGAAAAAAG